CGGGACCACAUGGUCGCCCUCAUAAGGGCGAAGCGGGACCAGGACACGCAUUUGCAGGGGAUGGGCCACACAUGCGCUCACAUGAAGCCGAGGGAAUGGAAGUGGGCAGAUGUUGAAGAGAGGCCGAAGAAGGUUGGCGUGGAGAAGACAGCCGACAAGUGUGGGAAGAAAUGGGACAACUUGAUGCAACAGUUCAAGAAGGUGCACUUGUUCCAUGGGGAGUCCGGGAAGCAUGAAUUCUUUCAAUUGACGGGGAAGGAGAGGUCUGCUCGUGGCUUCAAUUUCACCAUGGAUCGGGCCGUGUAUGAGGACAUCAAGGGUUCCACCGCGAAGAGUCACACCAUAAACCUGAAGAAUGUAGCCGACACAGGCAGUUCCGGUGGUGUGCAACUGUCGUCUGGGUUUGCUGGUAGCUCUGAAUCUGUCAGCGAUGGGGACGCGGGUGGCGACGACAAUGACGAAGAGGACAAAUCCACAAAAGGGUCUUCACCAGCGAGGGGCAGCAGUGGCAGUUUCGGGAAGAGGAAGAACGUUAGGCAACGAACUUUCAAAGUUCUCACGGAAUGCAUGAAGAAGCACGGGACGUUAAUGACGACGACGAUGGAGAGUGUUAGUAAGAGGACCACCGCGCGGUGUCCCUUUGUCUUCCACAAUGACGAAUGGGUUCCAAAGUGGAUGACUGCAGAUCAGGCGACCAAAGUGGUCUACGAUGUGGGCCAUCCGAUUGCGCACUUCACGCCGUCGUUGCUCUCCGUCAUCGUGCUCGUCGUCUUCACCAUGUCUUCACACGAUGGUAAUAGGGGCAAGAAGAGAGACAACUUGGAAGCGGCAGCGUUUGUGGCUGUGAAGAAAGGACAUCAUCAACCAAAGAACAAGAACUUCCAGGCUGUUGCAGAGGGCCCUUUGAGGGGAGGUGUCGCGAGGGAUGACAAGUGGGUGAGGGAUUUCGAGGGCGCGGGCGACGACAACGACUUCGUGUCCGAAACGGAGGUGGAAGCCGUCAGGCAAGCGUCCGGGGUUUGCAAGGCUGACGACGUCAUCGAUGCGGACGCUGGUCACUUGGCGAGGGAGGUCCAACUGGAUGCUGCUCCACAGACGGCGCCCGCAGAGAGGGGCAUUGCGAGGACACCAGUGACUGCGCUGCCUGACGCGCAAGAUUCCACGUGGGUGCAAUCACCCCCAGCCACACCACAUGGCCAAGCAGUUCCAGAGAAGGGAGGGGGCGUGGAGGUGGUGGUGCAAGGAUGUGACCACGGUGCACAUCGACAAGACCCCAUCGCAUCGCAAGGCGGUGCCGUGGCGGGAUCAUCUAGACCGACGGCGAUUGCAGCAACCGCGGAGAGUCGUGGGGAAGGCGACGACGACGAGCCUUGGUGAAUAGGCAACGGCGGGGGAAUGCACGGGAUGAGAUCGAAGUUGUGGGUGGAUGACAUGAGGUUCUAGAACGA